ACAUGUUUUCAUUACAAGUUGUACGGUUUUCAGGUUUCAGGGUUACAGAGUACAGAGAAUAAAACGUAGACAGAGACAACCGAGGAGUCUUUGUCAAAUGGAAUCAACUGUAUGUCUACUAAGACAAUGAAUUGCAGCUUGACUUAAUUUAACCAAGUGCAAAAAGCAGUGCAAAGUACUGUACAGAACAAUAUACAUGGGGCUGCGUUCAAGUUCCAUCUGUAUGUCGUUCCUUCUGAUUGGAAAUCCUAAAUCAUAUCAUUCCAUUUGAAAAAAGAUUAAUACAAGUUAUAUUUGAAUGGUUAAAUUAGUACAGAGAUUAGUUAUUUGGGUUGUAAACAUACAAUUUAAAUAACAUGACAACAUAAACAGAAUAUGUCAACUGGGGCUAUAACUAGACUAAAUGUAGGCUAGGCUUCAUCCAAAAUCUAAAAUGUGACGGGAAACUAUUAAUUUGUAAGCUAUUCAAUGUCAAAACACGCUGAAACGCUCUCACUGCCAAUGAGUAAUCGAAUCAAGGCAACAUUUUACACUUUGGCAGUCUCUUUUGCGUGUCUUGAUUGCAGUCGUCUUUAUUCCAUUUACACUUGAAGGCAACACCAGUGACGAGCCCCACGUCGAGCCCCACGUCUCCCUCGCGACCAGGUAGCGUGAAAACUUUCCCAGUCUUUACCUGCCCGGGCGUCAAACACUCAACUUUAACUUUUGGUAUCAACAAACAGACCCCACAGAGGGUAAGAGCUCCUGAGCUCCAGGACAGCCAUGGCCGAAUCCCAGCUCAUGUGCAUGGAGGACGGCCACAUCGGAGCCAAGGUCCCGGAGUCCAAACCCGAGUUUUAUUACAGCGAGGAGCAGCGCGCGGCCAUCGAGGAGCUGCUCAAGAACGGCGACGGCGCCUUCAAAACGCGACUUAAAAACGACAACAUGAAAGACUUUUUGUCGGCCAGGGAAGUCAAACUGUUGUUGAAUACUUUUAAGCAGUACGACUUAGAUAAUGAAGACAGUAGCAGCAAAGCCCCGACGGGCUGGUUAGAGGAGGGAGCCGCCGGUGCCGACGCAGAUUCGGGGGUCCAUUCCACCUACUGGCCCCAGAUGUCUGACACCGAGGUGCCGCCGCUGGAUAUCGGCUGGCCCAGCGGGGGCUUGUUCAAAGGGAUAACCCGGGUAGCAGUACACACACACCCGCCCAAAGAAAACGGACCUCACAUCAAGGAGGUGGUGCGGCGACUCAUCCAGGGGGCCAGUAAGGUGAUAGCGAUAGUGAUGGACAUGCUCACAGAUGUCCAGAUCCUGCAGGACCUGAUGGAUGCGGCCUGUCUUCGCUCUGUGCCCGUUUACAUCUUGUUGGAUAAGCAAGCUGUGCCACACUUCCUGGAUAUCGGCUGCAGGCUGCAGAUUGGCUCACAGCACCUUCGGAACAUCCGAACCAGAACACUACAGGGACUUGGCUUCAGUUUGUCCUUCGGUAGACUGCCUGGUUCACUGUGUAAUAAGUACAUGCUGGUAGACGGGGACAAAGUCGUGUUUGGCUCAUACAGUUUCUCCUGGUGUACGUCUCGUAUGGACCGCAACAUGAUCACUGUGAUGACGGGGCAGGUGGUUGACUUCUUUGACCAGGACUUCCGUGAGCUUUACGCCAUCUCCGAGAAGCUGGACCUUUACAAGGAGUUCCACGUGAGCCCGCCUGCUACUAAUGCAACUGCAACAAUACGCUCUAAAGUGGGCCCAAAACGGCCGUCGUUACCGGCGACCACAUCCCGCUUCCAGGUUAGCUUAGGGGAUUCCCGGAAUGCACAAAUCCAGGUGCCUGCCCACAAAUACCACAAUCCCAAAUACUCCCUGGUGUUUGGGGACAUCCCACGUUCAACAGGGUCUCUGCAGGAGCCUGGACCCAAGAGAGGAUCCGCUCUGGCUGAGCUUCCAGAGGAAUUAGACCCGACAAGGCCAAGAGUGGCCGGCAGUGAGAAGGUGGAGCGCCGGAGUUCGUUGACCUCAGAAGCCCCGAGCGAAAUCUUUAAGAGGCCCAAUAAAGUCCCGCAGGACAAGAAGCCCACAUGGAUUCAGAAACUCACCAGGAAGAAACUAUCCAGUAAGCUUUCGGAUAACAACCUGGCGGGCAGCCCUUCACCCACAGAAACCAAUAGGACGGAUGAGGACAACUUUGAUGUGAAUGUGAAGUCUCAAUCCAAAGGGAAGCUUAAGAAACCACCUAAACUGGUCCUGAGGACAGACUCUAAGCAAUCUGUCAACACUGGACCGGACGAUGAGUGUCUUCAAAGUGGACGUCCAGGAAAAUGUAAAGUGUCCUGAGGUGAACCUGCCAGUCUGUCCAUUGAUAGGAUUACAUUCUUAAAAUGGAUUACAAAAUGACUUCCACUGACACCAUGAUCACCUUUGAUUGUGCAAUAUUGUAAGAACUUAAUCCAGCGCCUUACAGAAAGACCAAAUGAAUGAACAGUUCUUAAGACACUGAUAAAUACAGGUGCCAAAUUUGAAAUGUUGAGGCAAUAAUCAAUAUGCUUGGUGAUAUCUGUUGCCCUGGUGGGCUGCAGAGAGGUUUAAUGAGGUAUUUGCUGGAAUUUGUUUGCAACUUGAUUCCUCAGGACUUUUGUGGCUAUGUGAAUAUACGGGUCUCUGGAGGACACUGAAUGUAAAGUUGUUUAAAGGUCCCAUUGCAUAAAAAUGUUACUUAAUGAGUUUUUUUAACAUUAAUAUGAGUUCCCCCAGCCUGUCUAUGGUCACCCAGUGUCUAGAAAUGGUGAUAGGUGUGAACCGAGCCCUGGGUAUCCUGCUCUGCCUUUUGAGAAAAUAUAAGCUCAGAUGGGCCGAUCUGGAAUCUU